UUUUUCAAAUGAUCAUCUAUCACAGAAACAACUGGGGGCAACAAAGAGAACAUUCCAGCAACGGAUCCAGGAGAAAGAUAAUGAGCUGCAGAAGCUGAAAGGAGCCAUGGCAGUUCACACACGUUCUGCACAAGAAGCGUUGGAGCACAGCGACAGGAUCUUCACUGAGUUGCUGCAGUUCAUUGAGAGAAGACGCUCUGAGGUGAAAGAGCUGAUCAGAGCUCAGGAGGAGGCAGCUGUGAGUCGGGCUGAAGGGAUCGUGAGGGAGCUGGAGCAGGAGAUCGAGGAACUGAGGAGGGGAGACGCUGAACUGGAGCGCCUGUCAUAUGACAAGGACCACGUCCAUUUCAUCCAGGUACAGUAGCUCCACUGACUUGGCACUCAUUGUCAGCAG